GCCGGCCGCGCCGAUCGAUAUUGCUGAAUCACCAUGCAUAUCACAUCAGGGCUUUCGCCGGCCUCUGGAGAGAUGCUGGACCUCUACAGCGAUCAUGCGGUGCCAGAAUCAUCGCACACAGUGGAAAUCGAAUACGUGUACGAGCAGCCAGAUAUGUACGUGUCAGACCUGCCGAAAAAGAGACCGAAGCGUAUCAGAGAAGAGCAGGAGACAGAUUUAACGAAUUUAAACUGGUUGCAGAAUAUAACGAAUAUAAUGUCCAUACCGCAAUGUCCGAUAUCACCGGUGAUCCCACCGAAAUCGCACAGCACGCGGCUGGAGAAGUUCAACCAGACGAUAACGAAAUGCCAAGAUGAUUUUAUGGCGAAUAGAGAUGAUUACAAGAAUAACAGUGAGAAGAAACCGCCGUACUCCUACAGCACAUUGAUAUGCAUGGCGAUGCGAUAUAACAACGAUAAAAUGACUUUGUCCGCGAUUUAUUCAUGGAUUCGUGAUAACUUCAAGUAUUAUAGGAACGCCGAUCCUACUUGGCAGAAUUCCAUCCGCCACAAUCUAUCCCUAAACAAAGUGUUUGUCAAGGAAGCAAGGUCCAAACAAGAGCCUGGAAAGGGUGGAUUUUGGAAACUCGACCUCGCACAUCUAGAAGGCACCAAGCGUAUCUCCAACCGACCUCACAAGAAGAAAAAACUUGAGAGAGACUCAAAAAAUGAAGACAAAGUAGCUGUGGCAAACAUACCUCAAAUGGAUAGUCAGUUACUUGACAUUCACGACAUUGACCAAGCGGUGACUUUGCACCUGCCAGACUUGAGUUUGCCAAUUUCCAUGGAUUUAGAGACGAAUAUUGGAGCAAAUGUCAUAGUGGAACCGGCGAUACCACCUCCUUUGAUCCCUGAUGAUGACCUGUCAUCGUUACUCCUGAACCCAACCGAUUGGGGCGACUUGCAACUUGAUAUGUUUGAUAAUUAUUUGGAUCCAUGUUUCAAGUAA